CCAACCCUUUGUUUAAAAAUGUUGCUAAAAUCAUUAUAUUUUAUUUUCCUCCAGCAAACUGUUUUAAUGAAUGCAUUUAUCUCUUACCUGUUAGUACCUGUCCACACAAAACCCCUUUAAUACAAGUAGCAAACUCAUCACUCUUUCCCCUCCAAAACUAAAGAGUCUUGCAUGGGUUGUGUUGCAAAAGGGUCGGGUCGGGUCUUGUAGUGUUAAUUAUCAACGUAACUACUAUACUCCAUCGAAUGUGGGAGGCAGCUCUUGUUUUCGGUGGCAAAAUGAGCGUGAUGAUCAGAACAACUCUGGCGAUAAUCGGGAAGUUGAUUAACGAUGUUUUGAGUUUUGUUAUCUUCUCCAUUCUUGACGUUCUUGAUUUGGUACUUUGUUUCGUUUAUAAAGUCAUUGAUUUCUUCAUUGAGGCCGAAUGGAAACCCUGUUACUGUUCUUCACCGAAAGAAGCCAUGAGUGGAACUGGUCGAAUUUUGGUGUCUGAGAAAGGUCAGUCAAAGAAGAUUGUUUGUCUUACAUCCACCAAGAUACAACUAGAAGAGAUCUCCGACACCCUCUAUACCCGGCCGUCGUUGGUUGCGGAGGUGUCCAAAACCACCGUCAAGGAGCUUAAACGCCGGAAAAUCAAUGACGCAACUACCAUGGUCGCCUCCAUCAAUAAAUCCACCGUUCGGUCGUCGUCGACUUUCACGGUGAACAAUACCAUUGUUGAAAUGCUUCAAGAGAAAAUCGGUGGUCAUAAGUCUCACCCCAUUCCUCGGUGGUCCGAUUGCGAUUGCGACACCUGCAACUCAUGGUCGAACGCUUGUAAGGACACUCUUUUUGUCCACACCGAUGGACCUAAAGAUAAUGUAGGGGAUGAUGUUUUAUUUAUUCAUGGGUUCAUAUCAUCGUCGGCUUUCUGGACAGAGACAUUAUUCCCGAACUUCUCCAAAUCUACAAAAUCAGCAUAUCGUUUAUUCGCAAUAGAUCUACUGGGUUUCGGACGAAGUCCAAAGCCCCACGACUCGCUCUACACGAUCAAAGAGCAUUUAGACAUGAUCGAAAGAUCGGUACUCGAAGCACACAAGGUCAAAUCUUUUCAUAUCGUGGCUCAUUCUCUUGGUUGCAUUCUAGCUCUAGCACUCGCCGUGAAAUAUCCCAACUCCGUCAAGUCCCUCACUCUGCUCGCACCACCAUAUUUUCCGACGCCAAAAGGGGAACAAGCGACACAAUAUAUGAUGAGGAAGGUGGCGCCACGGCGGGUGUGGCCAUUGAUAGCGUUUGGAGCGUCGUUAGCUUGUUGGUAUGAACAUGUUAGCCGAACGAUUUGUUUGCUUAUCUGCAAGAACCACCGAAUCUGGGAAUUUCUCACCAAACUCAUCACCCGAAAUAGGAUUAAAACCUACUUGAUAAAAGGUUUCUGUUGUCAUACACAUAAUGCCGCAUGGCAUACGCUUCACAACAUCAUAUGUGGGACUGCUGGCAAGAUCGAAGGGUAUUUAGAUACGGUUCAGAACAGGUUGAGUUGCAGCGUUCAUAUUUUCCAUGGUGAAGACGACGAGCUCAUUCCCGUGGAGUGCAGCAGCAAUGUUAAGACCAAAGUCCCUCGUGCUAAUGUUAAUGUUGUAGAAAAGAAAGAUCAUAUCACCAUUGUUGUUGGACGUCAAGAAGCUUUCGCUAGAGAACUCGAAGAGAUUUGGAAGACUUCAAAAUUAAAAGGGUAAAUAAAAGAUAUCAACUCCAUCACAAAUCAUGAAGAUGGAUAUAUACUAGUAAUCUUAGUAUAUAUAUAUAUACAUAAUUAUGCAUGAUUUCCCCAAGUUUUUAGUCUUUUUCUCCCUGUUAUAUUCCAUUUAGUGCAUGUAUUUACUACGCAAAGGCGAAGUGUGCGUAGCUAGCGGUUAUUCGAAUGUUUAUACAAUAUCACCGUAUGGAAAAUGUGUGAUUUCGAUGUUCAUUAUGAGUUAAUAUUUAUAAAUGAUGUAACAUUUUGGUA